GUUCCUACGAGCUACUUGAUUUAAAAGUGGAGUCGUCAGGAUUGCAGUGAGUAUUUUGAUUAGCAGCUAACUUUAAUAAUACGUUUUAUUUCCCUUGUAUUUUUGUUUAACAUGGUUUAGCGACGCUGUUUUUUCAUCGAAAUGUAACAAAUCUGACGCAGAUAGAUUUUAACUUUUAAACUCGUCCCAGGAACGAUAACUUGAACACAGCGAAAUAAACACAGACAACUGCUGCUAACGGUCGUCAGCUAACAAUUUGACUGAAAGGUCACGAUUUUACAACAAAGUAUGACGUUAGCUCCGUAAUGCGGUGUUAAUGAGACAUCCUGCUCAGUUUUAACAGCAUUAAUCUACCGUAGGACGUUUAAGCAGGGGCUCAGAUGGGGGUCUUCACUCCACCUUGUUUAACUGUGGUCUAUAUGAGGUUUAAUGCGUUUUUUCCAAGUCUUUCAUCCUGUAAUGUGAGAAAGAUACCCCAGACACACCUGCGUUUUAUUAAAAAUAUGCACAAUGUUGACUUUUCUGCUCUCUGACGAUCAGCCGAUCUCCUCUCUGAUGUUUGACCAUCUUCCAGCUGAAAUUCAAUCUGCUCAGUGACACCAAAGUCAGCCUUACACACCUCUACAGGUACCAAACACCUGUCUGAGCUCACCUACUGUCAGGUGUACUGUUUCUGUGUGACGCACACAGCCUGUCACAAGGAAUGAACACAGUUAUACUAAUCAUUAUCAAUCAAUCAAUCAGUCUUUAUUUGUAUAGCACUUUUAGUGAACACCUGUGGAGUGGACAUCAAGUGGUGACAUCAUAUAAAUACCUAGGUGUACAUCUGGAUAAUAAGUUGGACUGAUCUAAGAAUAUAGACUUUAUCUACAGAAAGGAGCAGAGCCGCCUCUUUUGCCUGAGAAGACUCCGAUCAAUAGACAUCUGUAGUAAGAUGCUGCAGAUGUUUUAUCAGUGUGGUGGCAAGUGUUCUGUUCUACACUGCAGUCUGCUGGGGAGGAAGCAUCAAACACAAAGAUGCAAGAUGUCUGAACAAACUGGUGAAAAAGGCUGGCUCUGUGGUUGGACUCAAACUGGACUCAGUGGAGGAUGUGGUGGAGAGAUUUACACUGAGGAAGGUGGAGACUAUUCUUAAGAACAUGGAUCACCCACUUCACAACACCUUGAUGGACCAAAGGGCCAAUGGUGGCGGAUGGCUCCUCUCUUUUCACUGCAGGACAGAAAGAUUCAGAAGAUCUUUAGUAUCAACAGCCACCAGACUGUAUAACUCUUGUGUAAAUAAUAGAUAACUUUUAGAGAUAUAUUACAGACAUUAAAUUUCCCUUCAGGGAUUAAUAAAGUUCUUCUUAUUCUUAUUCAUACAAAAAAGAUGUAUCACAAAGUGAUUUACAUGGCAGAGGAAUAAAAGAAACAAAGAAAACCCUAAUCUACCCCAACCCAACCCCUUAUUCCCACCUUGCAAUCUAAGUACAAUAGAAACGUGUUCUAAAAUGCCUGAGUUUAAAAAGGGCUCGAUUUCAUAUACACAGGAAUGUGUGCACCGAAGAAACGCUGUUUUAAAAUUCAAGAUAAGGAAACACUGGAGGUUUCAAAUCUAAAAACAAAGUAACAUAAAAUGAAAUUUAAGACAUAACAAAUAAAAUGAAAAAAAGUAAAAGAUACUAAAAUAAGAGCACAAAAUAGCUCAAUAAAUGAUGAUCCUGUCAUUAAAACUAGAAGAGAUAAAUGUUAAAAUACUUAAAGUUAAUAAUUUAAAAUUUAGUUAAAAGCAAGACUAAAAAGGUAGGUUUUCAGUUUGCUUUUGAAAAUCAUUAAGAUUAGGUGCAGCCCUCAGGUCUUCAGGUAAGCUGUUCCAUUAUUAUUGUUGAUAGUCUGUGGAUUGAUCAUAAACCUUUCUCUCUCUCUCUCUCUCUCUCUCUCUCUCUCUCUCUCUGUCUGUCUGUCUCUCUCUCUCUCUCUUUCUGUCUCUGUCUCUCAGUGAUGAGCUGGGAUCGUCAGGUGAGCUCCCUCCUCUCUAUGGCAGAUGGCAGUGCGGCCAAGAUUAGGGUGAUUAUGCUCAAAACAUCUUCAACAUAUUGAAAAAUGACUCAAACUCUCCAUAACAAAAUCUUACAACUGAAGCUCACUGUAGGUAUCACCAAAGAGCCACUUAAUUCAGGAGGAUAUUUACUGUAUGUCAGGACGGAAAUAACUUUGCAUGAAGAUAUUAAAUAACCGUAAAGAUAAUCAGUUACUGUGUAGACAUCCAAUGAUUUUAUUUACUAAAUGUGUGUUUUUUUUUUUGUUUGUUUGUUUGUUUGUUUUCUGUCUGUAGGAGAGACUGAGAUCACCUGGAAUAGGUAGGUGAUAAAAGAGUUUGUAAAUGAGUCAGUGUGUGUUUUGUUUAUUUUAUUUUUUAUCAAGGUAGUAAAAAUAGUCUGAUGGGACCUCCUUCAUUUCCUUCUUCUUUCUCUGCAGAUCUUUUUCCUUCAAGGGAAAGGACCAGUGAUUCUAAUCUGGACCCCUCUGCUCCUCCUCCUCCUCUUCAUCGCCUGGCCCUUCACAGAGAGGACCCCCUGUCUGUCAGCACGCAGUGGUCCAACCUGGCUACUCUGCAGUCCGAAUUAAUGAUACAGAGACAGGUGAGUGUUCAGAGACAGUUGCUUGAUUGUAAAGAGAAAGCAUUGCUGAGAAUUUUUUUUUAUUUUUGUCUUUAAGGAGAUUCACUCUUUGACACUGAGAGUCAUCACCAUAGAAACAGAGCGAAACGUCCAGCACAACCACAUCCAGAGACUACAGGGUAACCUGCUGUUGACAUUAUUGCUACAUAAUGAGUUCACUAUAGGCAGAUACCACUGACCAAAAAAAGAAAACCCAUUUAUUUAAUGAGACAACAUCAGAAGUUGAAAAAUGAAAACUGAAAAAUGUUGUUGUUUCACUCCAGAUCUUUGCUUAUUUUAAAUUUGAUGCCUCCUACAUGUUUCAAAAAAGGUUGUGUAAUGCAAAAAAAAAAAAAGAAAAAAAACAGCUAGAGGAAUAUCUCCAUCUAAUGAAAAUAAUUUUCAACAGGUUGGUAACAUGAACAUAUAAAAGGACAUUUAGAGAGGCUGAGUCUCUCAAAAGGAAAGAUGGGAGAAGGGUCAGAAUCUUUUAGACCUGAGAAGUAGAAUGUAUCCUCUCAGACUAUAAGCCAGACUUCAUUUCAGGGCCCUGCCCCCCUGCUGGUCAGAUGUAAACAUUAUACAGUGCUAGCCAUGAGAGAAUUGUUAAUUAUGAGGAUGUGAAUAAACUAAAGCGAGUCUUUAAAAGAUGAAAAGAUCUUCAUCCUUUCUCUCUCUCACUUUCUUUUAGAUGAAGUGCAGAGGCUGAGGGACAGAGGGGCAGAGGAGAGGAGGAGGGAGACGGGGGAGCUCAGCAGUCUGCGGGGACACUUCACCAGAGCUACAACACUAGACAACCUGGAGGAGAGGUGCAUUAUGGGAGCUGUGGUUAGGGGGGUAUUGAUGCAGAGGAGAGUGUGUGUGAGAGAAAAGAUGGUAAAACCUUUCAUUUGUAUGUUUGCUCAGUUUGAGCUCAAGGCUGGAACACCUGAGGAGAGACAUGGAGCUGCUGAAAUCACAACUGAGUACGUCUAACACACACAUGCAAGUACAUAUAAGCAGAUUGUGUGUUUGCAUGUGGUUCUAUACGCUGUUAUAGAUUAUUUAUAUCAUUUAUACACAAAAAACGUUGAAGUCUUUACAGACAUUGAAGUUUUCCAGAACCUAUUUUUAUUGUUUCAGUCACAUUCUGGACUAUUGACAGUGUUUUGUGCACCACCAGGAAGGGAGGAGUUGGAGCUGCUUCACCUGCAGGAGGACACCAGAGAGAGCAGGAGGCAGGGCCAACACACCUGCAGGGUAAAUGCACACACUCCGAAACAAAUAAGAAUUAUAAAUGAUUUGAAAGUAUCAUAGAGAAUACAAGUUUUGUUAUGAUAUGACUGAACUCCCUUGGAACAUAAUAUGGGUGAAGAGCAACUGCUAACAGUUCAAUAUCUGGACAACACAACUUCUCCUUGACAGUUUUGUGUGAAGAGUUACACCAUCUCUGGUAAACAAAUAAAGCCAGACCUCGUCCUUUCUUCUUGCGACUAGCUUGAGCGUCUCUGUCUGAUCUUAUGAGAUUGAAGCCAGGUAGAUCCACCCUGGAGGGUUGUUUUGAAUUAACCAGGUUUCAGUAUAACACAGGAGACUGCACUCAGUCUUCACCAAUACCUCCAGCUCAUCGCUUUUGUUGGGCAGAGAGUUGACGUUUCCCAUGAUGACUGAUUGAGGAAAGGGUUUAUAUCUCCAUUUCCUAAGCUUCAACUUAUAAACCUCAACUCUCAGCUAAUAUAGCAAAAAUGUCAGAAAAUUCAGAGAGACCAGACUAGGCAGCUUCUUGGUUGAGCGCAGGCUCUGGAAUGAUCGUGAUAGCUAUGCGUCAAGAUCCUGAUUAUAAACCAGCCCCCAACUGAAGCAGUGUUGUUUUCGUCAGGCAGGACGAAAACUUAAAUGACGACGUCAGACCCCUUUUUUCCUUGACGAAAAUGAGACUAAGACGAACGUCACCAAAGCUCUGUAAAGACUAAAAUGUGACGAAAAUUAUAUUCAUUUUCGUCAGACGAGAACGAGACGAGACUAAAUUGUUAUUAGGUGGACGAACAAAGUUUCAAAACAUGCUUUUUUUUGUCUUAACAGUCACGCCCCCAUCACACACGCAGCAAAAGCCUCGCUCGCGCACAGCUGCGCGCACACACUCAUUCACAUACACAGAGCGGCAGGUGGACGAGGCGCGCACACACACACACACCGUGGCGGCAGGCACAGCAGCGGUGCCCGGUGGCCGAAAAAGGAGGGAUGAUUUUUGGUCCUACUUCAGAUACAGUUCAAGUGACAAUAAAAUAAAAGUGACAAGAAAACACGGGACGGGGAGACGAGACAGACGACAGUUGUGGAGCCACAGCUUCCUCAUGCUUCAAACUGUCGGGAAAGAACACCACGAACCUCAAAAGGUACCUUUACGUCGACUAAAACUAGACGAAAACCUUUUGAGUUUUGGUCGGACUAAAACUAGACGAAAACUAUCAAGGAUAGAAAUGACUAAAAUGGGACUAAAACGAAGAAGCAUUUCGUCAAAAUGACUAAGACUAAAACUAAAUCUAAAAUGCCUGCCAAAAACAACACUGAACUGAAGACACAAACAAGUUUGCACCAGUGUUGUUUUCGUUGACGAAAAUAUUUCGUCACUGUCAAUGAAAACAACACUGCAGAAUAUAUGUUUAGUAUUUGACUGACGAAAUGCUCAUGAAUUUUGCAACUCUGUUCGUCGUCCACCACUAACAUUUUUGUCUAGUCUUGUCUCAUCAACGUAAAUGCACAUUCGUCUCAGUAUAUUUUAGUCAGCUAAGACUUAUGUUUAGCUCGUCAACAUCACAUCAACAUCACAGAAAGGGACGUUGACAAAAUAUUUUCAUCAACAAAAACAACACUGGUUUGCACAAAGUAUUGGUCUAAGACUUUACUGAUUAAAAAUUGUUUAUUUUUACAGGUAAUUAUUUGGUUAUACAGAGGAAAAAGGGUGUGUUGUGUUCAGAUGGUUGUUUGCACUUCCACAGCAGUUGUAUCAACUGUCCUUAACAGCCCACCUAUUGAUAGAGAUGACAGAAAACUAACAGACAUUUACCAUUAAACAUGCCGCUCAACAUUUUUAUUCACAGGAAAGUCAAAACAGAGUCUUACUUUAGUGUUAUAAUUACAUUUAAUUGAGCAUUUUCACUCCUGUCAUAGUUGAAGUAUUAGCUUUACUCUGUCAGCAUUCAGCUCAGAUGCAGAAAAUAACUGCAGCCCCUGUUCAAGGUCCUCCUCCCUGCAACUUGUAAGAAGACUUAUUAUACUCAUCUUUACAUUUGAUUCUUCAGAUUUAACCUGUGUUUCUUUGUGCGGUAUUGAAACCAAGAAAGCAGACUCUCAAACUGCUGAGUAAUACACUGUAAAAUCACAGUAUCUGGUUUAUUAGUAAGUAACACAAAUGUCAUACAAGACAAAAGCACUGAAAUAUGUUGAGCUAACUAUGAUAGCUGGUUAGCCCAGUAGCUACCUGUUGCUAACUGACAAGAGCAGUGCUGGGUGAUGUCCUUAUCACUCUUGUGAAGUAAUCACACCGUCUCAGUUCAGUUUGAUCUGACCAGCCUACACAGGCCACAAUGACUGAGUCCUCCAAAGGCUGCAGUCCCUGGAUUAGGAGACAGCUAAUGCCUGAGGUGUGCCAUUAGCACCAAAUUAGGUCUCUGUUUAGCCCUUUUAGUAUUUGUUAGUUAGAUUAGCUGCUCUUGUACUAUUGAUUUAAGUUUGUGUCUCAGAGCUUCAUGAAGGUCUUUAUAGAUAAACAGCUCCAGGUUUUAGUAACAGUCCUGUGUUAAAGCCCAUGUUGUGCUUUUUUCAUGUAAUGUGUGUUUUUUUUUGUGUGUGUGUUCAGACCGUGGAGCAGAUGACUGAUAGCCUCAGAUCCCUCAGCACUGAUCUGACAAAGAGCAUCUCAGACACACAACAAGAGUUCCAACAGAUCAGGUUGCCAUGUGGCAUGCAUUUGUGUGCUUGUGUGUUUGUGGCUUUGUGUGUAUUUUUGCAUGCUAAAAGACUCUCUUCUCACAGGUUGUAUGUGUCUCAGCUGAAGGAGGAGCUCAGGACCGUCAGAGAUCAUCAGCUGUCAGCACACACACCAGGUAAGUCUCUCACACACACACACACACACACACACACACACACACACACACACACACACACACACACACUCACACACACACACACACACUCAUAAACAUACAGAGUGUAACUGAUGUGUGUUUUCAGGGGCAUCCCCCCUCCUCCCUUCCCCUCACAGACGACUCACACCUGAGGCAGACUUUGAUUCCUGCUCAGAGGACUUGAGUCUGACCCCGAGUCUGGCCGAGGUGAGCUCGGAUGACCUGUCCCGGCUGGACCACAGGGACCCUGCAGGUUCACCUUUCACACAUGCACACACGCGCGCACACACACACACACAUAAACAGGUUUAUAAAUUAAAAAAUAUAUAUUUUUCCUUCUCUUCAGAUCUUAAUUGCCAACAUGAAGUCCAACUGAGUGAUGAGUUUGACCUCUCUGUUCCAGACUCUCAGCUGCAGGAUCAUGAUGAUGAUGAUGAUCUCUUCGACAGCGUGAACCCAGAUACAGGCUCUGACCUGAGUCUGAAUGACAUUUGACCUUAACUUAUGUUGCUUGUUCAGAUCAGUUUAAAACAGCUUUAUAAAAAUAGUUACACACCUUAUUCAGCCUGUAACAGAUUACACGCUGAUCACUGACCGUACUGUGCUGUUAAUCAUCAUCAGAUGAUUCGGAUCAAUCACUACUUUAAUGAAAAUGUUGAAAACAAUUAAACUCUGUAAAAUAAAGUUUUAUUUGUAUAUGCUGCAGUUUAGAUGGUUGACUUCGGUUCACAGAAAAGCUCAAAGCUCCAAAAUGUAGUUCAUACAUAUCAUUCAACAUGAUUUACACAAAUAAACCUCUUUGAUUAUCUCACACAGAUAUCCAAAUAGAAAACCACAGCCUGUAUCAAGUAUGGAUUUGAUCUCAGACAUCAGUCACCCAGGAGUUGGGCUCAUACCAUCCUACAUGUGUGAUACCGCCUUAAGUGCUGUGAGCACAUUGCAAAAAUGGCUGGCACUGCAAAAAUGGUUUUGCAGAGGAUGCUGAGCAGUGAAAUUGGCCGACUGCGUUGGCUUUGUAUAGAAAAUAGGCACAUGUAAAAUUCUGCCAGUGGACACAGGCCCAAAUGCUCCUUCAUUAAGAUAGAGUGUAAGAGAAUAAAAGGAAACAGAGAGAAUGGUUUAUAAAUACUUUAAUGAUAAAACACCAACAGACCAUCAUCCAGAAGAGCCUCAUUACCAAUGAUUAGCUCCUCUAUUAGAUCAGUAAAUACAGCUGAACAGUUACAAAAAGGGGGAGGACAGAAGGAACAGCCGCAUGUGUUUAUCCUUCUUUUUACACUCACUUUAUACUCUACAGAAUGUUAUUAUGGUUGUAAUAUAAAAUAUAUCUACAGUUAUUAAAAUAAGCUGUUAUUCAUAGAAAUUGUAUAAACACCAUUUAUGGAUUU